AUGUCUCUGAGGGUAUCGGGUGACCAUCUGACUGGGAUACCUUCAAUGUUUAAACUCAUUGAGGCAUUUGAAAUAAUCAACGUGCUCAUGAUUAGAAAACCUGGUGGCAAGAGCUUCUUGGUGAACGCACCAUACGAGCCAGUUGAUGUGGAACUUCACAAGUCAAUCAAUCUUUGUGACUUCAUUCAAUUACAUAAGGAUCAGCUACGAAGAGGACGUGUCCAAAUUUAUGGCAAACCUCUCUAUUCCACACACGUGUUUUUAUAUGGAGAAGGAAAGUUCUUGCUGGAGGCGAAGGAACAUGAAAUUCUUCUCUGGAUCCAGAACGAUUCACAUGCUGUCUUGGGAAUAAAAACAGAAGAAAGGCAGCUAGGGGUUCAAUCAAUGACACUUUGCGCGUCUAACUCGAACUACCUCUUGGAUGUGAAGAAAGGAUACGCUAUCACUCUUCAGAUGCUUCCGAAAUAA